AUCGAGACCGUGUUUAGGAGUCUUAUUUAGAGCUCUCUCAAAUGUUUCUUUUGCAAACAGUUUUCUCACCAGUUGGAUAAUUUAGCAGUUUGUACGUCGCUCGCUCUAAGAAUGGCUGGAGUCGAAGAGAGCCGUAAUGUAUUCGCUCGGGACUUAUUUGGUGCGGUUAUUAAUGGCGAGGCACAGCUAAAUGAUUCUGGUGUCAAUGUCAUAUUAUCGCCAACGUCCAUUCAAACCAGCCUAGCCCUGGCCUAUAUGGGCGCGGCAGGAACGACAGCCGAGGAGCUGCGAAACGGCCUGAGGCUGGGCGCCGGCAACAAAAUAGAAAUUGCCAAAGAUUUUGGUGAUUUUUGGAAAAAAGUCAUCUCAUGCAGCGGCAAGGGAACGGAACUGAAACUGUUGAAUCGUUUGUACAUGCACAGCAAUUUGAAAUGGAAAGCCGAUUUCAAUGAAAUCGCCGUUGAAUAUUUCCACUCGACAGCUGAUUCGCUAAAAUUUGAAGACUCGCUGGAGGCGACACAGCAAAUUAAUGCUUGGGUGGAACGGGAAACAAAUAAUAGGAUAAAGCAACUACUGCAACCGGAUGCCGUAGAUGCCAGCACGAGCGCCAUCAUAAUAAAUGUCCUAUAUUUCAAGGGAAAAUGGAAAAUACCCUUUAUGCCGGAGAGUACCUUGAGAGAUGACUUUUAUGUGGAUAAUGCAAAACAUAUUGAGGUGGACAUGAUGUAUCAGGAUGAUAAGUUCUUGUAUGCGGAUCUGCCCGAAUUGAAUGCCAAAGCCCUGAAGCUGCCCUAUGAAGAGUCAGACCUGUUCAUGCAUAUACUGCUGCCCAAUACCAUUUGUGGUCUUCCCAGCCUUGAGAGCAACCUGAUGAAGCUGAACUUACAAGAGAUCGAUAAACAGAUGAGCCUGGAGCAUGUCGAGGUUGCAAUGCCAAAGUUUACAAUAGAAUAUGAUAUCGAUCUUCGGGAUCCGCUGCGGUCGCUGGGCAUCUCGGAGAUGUUCGAUAAUGGAGCAGACUUAAGUGGUCUAUUUACUGAGCGGAGAGGUCAGAAGAUUUCUGCUGUCUGUCAUCGCGGCUUUAUUGAUGUGAACGAGGCGGGAUCAGAAGCUGCUGCAGCCACUUUUGCUAAAGUUGUUCCAAUGAUGCUGAACAUGAAUCAGAAAUCAUUCAAAGUGGAUCAUCCAUUUGUGUUUUACAUUCGUAACAAUAACGCAGUGUUCUUUGCUGGACAUUAUGUGAGACCUCCGAGGCCGAUUGAUGAGGAUUCAAUCUAUACCCGCCCGAGCGUUUUAAGCAGCUCUAAUGUUCCUGCAUCCAGUAGACGAACGACCCCCAUUUCGAUUAAAUAAAAUUUGAAAUUUAACAUAUCAA